AAUGCAUCGAAUCAACUAUAAACAGUUAUGCGUAUGUAUGUAAGUACGAGUGUGUGCAUAUUUCCUUUACCGACAAAAAUCGGAAGUGGUAUUUAAUGCGACAAAAGAAAGCGCCGGCGUUUUAUAAUCAAAUGAGACUUUGAAGUGUCUGGUGUGUUGAACGAUUCGUAGUAGUGGACUCAUUAUAAAAGAGUAUACUAUACUCUUGCAAAAAAUCAGAGGAAGCGGGAUUAAAAGUGAAAUAAUUGAGAAUGGAUUCGAAAUUAGCUGCCUACAUCGGCCUGGGUACAGCUUUAUUCAUCAUUGCACUUCUUGGCACACCUUGUACUGCACAUUCCUCUUCACAGACGACAGUUGUACAACACAGCACGAGCAGUGAUCCCGCAGCAGAUGGUUUCUGGAAACGUAAUGUCGAUUGGAAGUCACGCUGGGUGAAAUAUUGGCGACCGAAAGCCAUCUACGUGCCCAUCUGGAAGAAGGUCUGGACUCCAGUAGUGCAAAACGAAUGGGUGCCAUUGCCGAAAGUGCCACCAGGCUGGGAGGUGCGCAAGGAUGGUGUGAGCGAUAGCACCAAUAGUGGUUGGAAGAGCAGUAGCAGCUACGUUAAAGACUCUUCGAGCUCAUCCAGCAGCAGCAGUGGUCUGCGUACGGGCAAAAGUUACAGUGGUUGGAGUAGUGGGAGCAGCAGUAGUUACGGUUCUAGUUAUAGCAGUAGCGGCAGUCGUGGCUGGCAGAAAGGUGUAAAACGCACCCGUGUACGAGAAGUAAACGUUGACUAGCGUGGAGAAGUUGCCGACUUAACUUGUAUGCCUUGUAUGUAUGUAUGUACAUAGUUAAUACUAGUUCUCAGGUUUAUUUAUUUAAUUUAUUAUAGUUUGUAUAUUUUGUUCCACUAGUAUUAAAUUUAAUCAUGUAAUAUACUUACUUAAAUAACAUUUAAUUUUAAUAACCGAUUUCUUGAUAUCUUCAACUG